AUGCCGCCGCUUGCCACGCGCGUCCACGCCCCGGUGCUCCUCGCCCCCGCCUCCCCUCGCCCAGCCCCGCGCCUCUGUUUAGCGAGCGGGGCCCGCGGCGUCGGCGGCGGGUUCAGGAGGGGCGCGCUGGCCUCGGAGAAGCCGGCGGCGGCGGCGGUGGCGGUCGCGGAGAAAGCCGACGGCGAGGGCGGAGGAGGAGGAGGAGAGGGCGAGGGUCCGUACGACGCGAUUGUAAUCGGGUCCGGGAUCGGGGGCCUGGUGGCGGCGACGCAGCUCGCGGCCAAGGGCGCGCGGGUGCUGGUCCUCGAGAAGUACCUCAUCCCCGGGGGAAGCUCCGGGUACUACCGCCGCGACGGGUUCACCUUCGACGUUGGCUCCUCCGUCAUGUUCGGCUUCUCCGACAAGGGUAAUUUGAAUUUGAUCACACAAGCAUUGGAAGCAGUUGGGCGUAAGAUGGAAGUUCUACCUGACCCUUCUACAGUUCAUUUCCACCUACCUGGUGAUCUCUCUGUCCUUGUGCAUAGAAAGUACGAAGACUUCAUCAACGAACUUAUCAGCAAAUUCCCUCACGAGAAAGAAGGGAUCCUUAAAUUCUACGAUACAUGCUGGAAGAUCUUCAAUUCACUAAAUUCGUUGGAGCUGAAGUCUCUAGAGGAGCCCCUUUACCUUUUUGGGCAAUUUUUCCAGAAGCCUCUGGAAUGCUUAACUCUAGCUUAUUAUUUGCCACAGAAUGCUGGGGAUAUUGCUCGCAAGUUCAUAAAAGAUCAGGAGCUACUCUCCUUCAUAGAUGCUGAGUGUUUUAUUGUGAGCACAGUCAAUGCCUUGCAAACACCCAUGAUAAAUGCAAGCAUGGUCUUGUGCGAUAGGCACUUCGGGGGGAUUAAUUAUCCAGUUGGUGGCGUUGGUGGUAUUGCAAUAUCCCUGGCAGAUGGCCUUGUUGAAAAGGGCAGUGAAAUACGUUACAAGGCGAAUGUAACCAAUGUUAUUCUUGAAAAUGGAAAGGCUGUUGGGGUGAGGUUAUCAAAUGGGAAGGAGUUCUUUGCUAAAACGGUGAUAUCAAAUGCCACUAGAUGGGACACGUUUGGAAAACUCUUGAAAGAAAAAGAACUUCCAGAAGAGGAGAAAAACUUUCAAAAGAAUUAUGUUAAGGCACCAUCAUUCCUUUCAAUUCAUAUGGGUGUCAAAGCGUCAGUUCUGCCUGCUGGCACUGACUGCCACCAUUUUGUACUUGAGGAUAAUUGGAAUAAUUUGGAAAAGUCUUAUGGAAGCAUAUUUUUAAGUAUCCCUACAGUUCUUGAUCCAUCAUUAGCUCCUGAAGGACAUCAUAUACUUCAUGUAUUUACUACUGCAGGCAUAGAAGACUGGGAGGGUCUUUCUAGGAAGGAGUAUGAAGAGAAAAAAGAGGCGGUGGCCAAUGAGAUUAUAAGAAGGCUUGAAAAGAAGUUGUUUCCUGGUCUUCAAGAUUCAAUAGUCCUCAAAGAGGUAGGCUCACCAAAAACUCACCGAAGAUUUCUUGCUCGAAAUGAUGGUACAUAUGGACCAAUGCCACGGGGUAAACCGAAGGGCUUACUGGCUAUGCCUUUCAAUACUACUUCAAUAGAUGGCCUUUACUGUGUUGGUGACAGCUGUUUUCCUGGGCAAGGUGUCAUAGCUGUAGCAUUCUCAGGGAUCAUGUGUGCUCACCGAGUUGCUGCAGAUAUUGGACUAGAGCAAAAAUCUCCAGUUCUAGAUGCUGGUCUUCUUGGGCUACUCAGAUGGUUCAGAACACUUGCAUAG